AAUGUGGGUGUGGAACUUGGGGAACAUUCCAGAAGGAGCAGGAGAGGGGAGCCCGGAAGGGAGCGGGCAGGAGUGCACGGGGCGCGUGAGGCCUGCAGGCUUGGGCCGGACGUCCUCGGAGAUGACCGUCCUCCUUGUCUGGCUGCUGCUCAUGAGCCUGCCACGGGUGGAGACCAACGUCACCGUGCCUGUAAGGCAAAACGUACUGAGGUGUCACGUUUGCGAGAAGGAGAACAGUUUCGAUUGUGAAAGACCAAAAAACUGUAGCGAGGGCGUCUCGUAUUGUAGUACUGUGGCCGUGAGAACAUUUCCACGGUUCUUCUAUGUUUCCAAGCAGUGCGUAAAGUAUUGUGGGACAAUCAGUCCACCUCCACAGAUGCCCAAGUCGUUCGUGCUCAUAAAGCCCACGCCCUUCCUGUUCCUGGCGUGCUGUAAGCAGGACCUGUGCAACAACCAGAAACCAGUCAUCAAAGAAAACAUAGAAGAUAGAUACAAAGAGGAGGGCGUCGGCAGCAGGCAGGGCCGCAGGGGCAGCAGUGCGGGGCUGGUGACUUUCCUGACACUGGCCUCUGGGCUCCUGGGCCUCAGGCUGCCAUGA